CAAACCUUUGCCUUCUUAUUUUUUCUCAGGGUGCUGCUCGCAAAUUAGCUACACAGAGAAAGAAUAUAGAGGUCGUUGAAUUUGCUGGUGUAGCAGCGAAGCGAGUGAAGCUGCCAGCCUAUUUAAUUAAAAAAGAAGGGAUCAAUGUACUUUUAUUAAAACACGACCAGCAGCAAUAAUGACUAGGGUUCCCUUUCCAACUUCAACAGAGAUUCAGCGGCAACAGAUUCUGACAGACAUGUGUCAAGAAAGACCUUUAAAGCCCAAAAGAAAGACAAGUGCGACAUACGCAAAACCUAGAACAAUGGCAUCUUUGGCAAAUCAAAUAAGGAGUUCGUUUAGCCAAAAAUAUGAUGUUCCCGCUAGACAAUCAAAGAAAGAUCUUUCGAAUAUUAUUGAAGAGAAUUUGCCACAAUAUCCAGGAGUAGUAGCCCAUGUACAAACUAGAUCAACCACUGCUGCAAAAUAUGUUGUUCCUCCUAAACAAUCAAACAUAGAGCAUCCGAAUAUCAUUGAAGAGAAUCUGCUACUGCCACAAUAUUCAGGAGUGGCAGCUCAUGUACAAACUAGAUCAACCACUCCUGCCACACAAGUAACAGAUGAACAAGUGGAGGAACAAGUUCAGUUGGAUUCUACAACUCCUACUGUAGAUGAACAAUCUGAAGAACAAUAUAAGAACUUAUAG